AACCCUCGUUGGAUUUCCCUCCUUCAAACCAACCAACACCCACACACACCUCACCUUCUCCUCUUUCCUCUGAUCAACACGUUACAAAUUCCACUAUCAAACUCUGCAAUUCACCUCUUCCCUUUUUACCCCCCAAUUUCAUAAAUCAACAAUCUUUCUUUACAAAUUCUCCAAUUAUUUCUUAAAAUCUACAAACCCUCAACUUCAUUCUUCCAAAUUCAGAUCUACUUGGGCUCAAUUCCAUCUGGGUAUCUCUCAAAAUUCAAGAUUUAUUGAUGAAUUUUGGUGGGUAUUCAACGUAAAGAUGGGAUCGAAUGAUAGUUUAGAGAAUGCUGCUGCGAAUAUAAACCCCUUUGCAGGUGGGUCAAGAGCCCCGACCCGUUCAACGGUUUCGGGUCAAUCCGUUUCCACUAGUGGUAGUGCCGGGUCGCCCUCGACCCGGAGUGAUAACACGUUUUUGAGGUUGAAUCAUGUUGAUGUUGUUGGUGAUGAUGAUGCUGGAUCUCAAGGGGUUGCUGGCAAGAAGAAAAAACGAGCUCAACGUGCAACUGGAGGAGAUAAAGGCGGUAGAGGACUUCGUCAGUUUAGUAUGAAAGUGUGCGAGAAAGUGGAAAGCAAGGGAAGAACUACUUAUAAUGAGGUUGCAGAUGAACUUGUAGCUGAAUUUUCUGAUCCUGGUGAUGGCGAUCAAGCUCCUGAUCAGAAACAAUAUGAUGAGAAGAAUAUCCGUCGACGGGUGUAUGAUGCACUAAAUGUUCUCAUGGCUAUGGAUAUUAUUUCGAAAGAUAAAAAGGAAAUACAGUGGAGAGGUCUGCCUCGAACUAGUUUGAACGAUAUCGAAGAACUAAAGAGUGAGCGACUUGCUCUCAAGAACCGAAUUGAGAAGAAAAAAGCUUAUUUAGGAGAGCUCGAAGAUCAACGCGUAGGUCUUCAAAAUCUCAUCAAACGAAACGAGCAAUUAUACAGCUCAGGAAAUACACCAAGUGGCGGUGUGGCUUUACCGUUUAUACUGGUCCAGACCCGUCCUCAUGCCACCGUCGAGGUGGAAAUUUCAGAAGAUAUGCAGCUUGUUCAUUUCGACUUCAACAGCACACCCUUUGAGCUACAUGAUGACAAUUAUGUCCUCAAGGCCAUGAAGUUAGGUAACGGACCGAACACUGUUUGUACAGAUGGAGGUGCGGGGUCCAGCAUGUUACAGCCCCAAGUCCCGUUGCCGCCAAGGUCCACCGUAGCACACGGUAGACCUCCGCCAUCACCGCCACUUCCUGGCAUACUAAAGGGACGUGUUAAGUAUGAGCAUUAGUCGAUACGACCUCUAUUGUAUAUUGUGUAGGCAUAUUCUGCUUUGUUAAUGUCGAAAAUUAUUAUAAAAUUUUUGUUUUUGGAUCGAUAUUGGAAACUUCUCAUUUACGUUCAAGACUAUAUAUAUUGGCUCCAUAAUGAGGGCCGGCUAGAGGCUCU